CUGACAACGCUGCAAUGGCCUCCCUGACAGACGCAGAGAUGGCGGAGAUUGCCAAACUUCAGAGAGAGGAGGGUGUGCAGCAGCUAAGCGGUCACUUCUCGUGGCCUGAGUUCUCUGGGGACGCUGUAUGGCAGAGCGCCUAUCAACAGUUUGUUUACGAGUGUGCCAUGUUCGCCGCCGACCGUGGCCUGGCCUGGAGUGCUGUAAGAGCAGUGGUCGGGAUGACUAGAGACCUGUUCCCUCAGCUAGCUGAUUUGGACCCGCCCAGAGUGCUAGCCCUAAUUUCAGAUUGGCUGACAGAGUGUUUGCCCCGCCUACCUCCUGCCCACCACAAAGCAGUCUUCCACUUCCUGUCUGACACUUGUGUCACUAGUCAACGACUGCUACAAGCUGUGGUGGGCGGGACCAGUCACCGGUCAAUCAAUCAGAAACACCUGGAGGUUCAUGUGCCCCCAACACCCCUCCCACUGGCACAGGGUGAUGAUGAGUGUGCGUGGGAGCGCCAGCGUGUGUGUGCCCUGCUAGAGGUUGCCAAGCAACAGAAGAGGGAGGAACUCCGGAGGCUCAGAGAGGAGGAGGGGCCACAGGGGUCAGAGGUCAGAUUGGACACAUUAAAUGACCGCAGACUCGACAGAGAGGAGGUGGCAGACCUUGUGCGGUCUACUGUGAUGGCCAGAGGAGAGCUACUGAUGGGGAGACUGCUGAAGGAGAGCAGCCUGGUGCAUGACCUACUGGAGCUCAGCCUACAACACACAGCCCUUACCACCGGGGAGAACUCUAUACAUCCUGCCCACACACACCCUGACCACACACACACACACCCUGACCUCACACACUCCAAUGAUCACACCGGGGCUAUACACACAGAUAAACCCAAGAGGAGGUGAGAGGGGCAAGAGGAGGUGAGAGGCAAGAGGCCAUGCUGAGACAAAAAUCUGUAAUAAAGUAUACUGAACAAGAAUAUAAACACAACAUGCAAAAUGUUCUAAGAUACACUUCAUAUAAGAAAAUCAGUCAAUUGAAAUAAAUUAGAGUAUUUAUCUUGUCAAUAUGUCAGUUUGUAACAGUGUGUUAUAUGUGAAAAUGUGAUUGUAUUAUACAUUUAUUUUAAUGGAAGAUUAGUCCAAAUGAGGACUAAAAGAGAUACUAAUCAAAUCAAAUUAGGCCCUAAUCUAUGGAUUUCACAUGACUGGGCAGGGGUGCAGCCAUGGGUGGGCCGAGGAGGGUAUGGGCCUUGGGGAGCCAGGCCGAGCCAAUCAGAAUGAGUUUUUCCCCACUAAAGGGCUUUAUUAAAGACAGAAAUACUCCUCAGUUUCAUCAGCUGUCCAGGUGGCUGGUCUCAGACGAUCCCGCAGGUGUAGAAGCCGGAUGUGGAGGUCCUGGGCUGGUGUGGUUACACCUGGUGUGCGGUAGUGAGACCGGACGUACUGCCAAAAUUCUCACGUACAAUAUUGGAGGCAGCUCAAUAAACUUUGAAUUUCUCUGGCAA